AUGUUGUCCUCCCUCAUCAGUCCCAUCAGACACUGGGACACUGGAGCAUCUUCAGCUGAGGACGCAGACAAUUCAAGUACGAGCAGUUUGGAGGUGAAGGAGAAUGAGGACGAUAAAGGCCAGGUGGACUGUGACCUACUAAGAAAGUAUCAUCCAUCAACAUUUUGUACAACGUUCCCCAAACACGGACUAAGAGCGCAGAAGAGGAAGCAGCCGUUUCUCCACCAAAGCCACUUGACUUGUAAGCGAGCAGCCUGGGCCGUCACUCAGAAGAACGCACUGGUGCAGCUGAACGAGUUACGACCUGGUCUGCGGUAUGAAAUCACGUCAAAGACCGGCCCACUGCAUGCGCCAGUGUUUUCUGUAGGCGUGGAGGUAAACGGUUUCCACUUCGAGGGACGAGGACCGACCAAAAAGCAGGCAAAGAUGAGGGUUGCAGAACUGGCUCUGCGGUCAUUCAUACAGUUCCAAAACGCCUCCCAGGCUCACGCCUCCAUGGGGAACUUCCCCAGCACUCCUGCGGAUUUUACCGCCGAUAAACUGGACAUCCCUGACGCAUUCCUAAAAGAGUUUGAGCCAUCGCUGUGUGAAAACUGGGAUCUUCUGCAUUGCAACACGACAAAGAAUGAGGUUUUCUCCAGCUUUUACAACCACAGACGACUUGUCCGACUCAAACUGGACUUCUCCUCAACUAAUCCAAAAAGACAAGCCCUCAGCACCUCCCUGUUAGAGCACCUCAGCCCAGUGGCGCUGCUCAACGAGCUGCGACCAGGACUCAGGUACAUGUGCCUGACAGAGAGAGUUCAUGGCAGGCCAAUGAGAAGUUUCGUUAUGGUGGUUAGGGUCGAGGGGAGAGUGUUCGAAGGGUGUGGUCACAGUAAAAGGCUGGCCAAGGCCCAGGCUGCAGCCGCCGCCCUGCAGUCCAUUUACAGCAUCAGUCUGGGACCGGAGAGGAAGGUGAUGGGCCUUCAGGGCAGUAGAGCCAAACAUCAGCUACCUCAGUUCUUCGCAGAGUCGAUCUUCCACCUGGUGAGAGAGAAAUACUCGGAGCUGACAGACGGUUGUUCGUCCUCACAUGCCCGUCACAAGGUCGUGGCCGGGGUCGUGAUGAGCAGAGGAUUUGACCUCAGGUCAGCGCAGGUUGUGUCUCUGGCCACGGGUACUAAGUGUCUGGACUCGGACAACGUGAACGACCACGGCGGCACGCUCAGUGACUGCCACGCAGAGGUCGUGAGCCGGAGGGCGCUGGUUCGAUUCCUGUAUGCUCAGCUGGAGCUGCUGUUCAGUCAGCCGGCAGACUGUGAGGAACAAUCGAUCUUCGUACCAAAUAAAGGCACCGGUUGCCUCCGGCUGCGGGACAGCGUCCUCUUCCACAUGUACGUCAGCUCGUCGCCAUGCGGAGACGCUCGACUCAACUGCCCCUACGAGACCACAGCUGCAUGUGAGAGCAACACAUUUAGACAAUACUGCUAUCCCAGCAGGAGGUUCCACUGUCACCUCAGGGUGAAGGUGGACGGAGGCGAGGGGACGCUGCCCAUCACAGCACGGAGAGCCAAUCAGAACUGUGAGGGUGUGGCGCCGGGUAAACCUCACGUCACCAUGUCCUGCACUGACAAGAUGGCAAAGUGGAGUGUUGUGGGCCUCCAGGGGGCACUCCUGUCUCACCUGGUGGAACCGGUUUACCUGCACAGCCUGACAGUGGGGACGCUCAGCCACACGGGUCACCUGGGCCGGGCCAUUGCACGCCGCCUCGCGCCCGUCAAGCACCUGAGCUUCCCUUAUCGACGACAGCAGCUGCUGCUCGGCUGUCUGAGCAGCAGCGAGGUUCGGCCGACAGGGAAGGCGCCGAACAUCAGCGUGAACUGGAGCUGCGGUGAUGGAGGCCUGGAGGAGAUCAGCACCUCCACGGGAAGGAGGAAGGACUCAGGGAUGCCGUCACGGCUCUGCAGAAGCUCCAUGUUCGCAUGCUGGCAGAGGCUGCAGCAGCAGUUGAAUGGUGCAGAAACCACUCCAGGGACAUAUUCUGGUUCCAAAAUGGCCGCCGGACGCUACCAAAGGGCGAUGCAGCAGUUUACCAGCGCUCUGCAGAGUGGUGGGCUGGGAACUUGGCUCAGAAAACCUCCAGAACUGGGUCACUUUAACGUCAGUGUGUGA